CUCCCACCCGGUCAGCCCCGAAGAGUUGCCCGGUGGCCGCGGCAGACGGAAGCCGAGCGAGAGCCUCGGCAGCGGCGGGAUGGGGGACUCCAAAGUGAAAGUGGCCGUCCGGAUCCGGCCCAUGAACCGAAGAGAAAUUGACUUGCAUACCAAAUGUGUGGUGGAUGUAGAUGCAAACAAGGUUAUUCUUAGUCCUGUAAACACUAAUCUUUCAAAAGGAGAUGCCCGAAGCCAGCCGAAGGUGUUUGCAUAUGAUCAUUGUUUCUGGUCUAUGGAUGAAUCUGUCAAAGAAAAGUAUGCAGGUCAAGAUGAUGUUUUCGAAUGCCUUGGGGAGAAUAUUCUUCAGAAUGCUUUCGAUGGAUACAACGCAUGUAUCUUUGCUUAUGGACAGACUGGAUCUGGAAAAUCUUAUACCAUGAUGGGUACAACUGACCAACCUGGAUUAAUCCCAAGACUUUGCAGUGGACUCUUUGAACGAACUCAGAAAGAGGAAAAUGAAGAGCAGAGUUUUAAAGUAGAAGUGUCCUAUAUGGAAAUUUAUAAUGAAAAAGUUAGAGACCUUCUUGAUCCCAAAGGAAGCCGUCAAACAUUAAAAGUCAGAGAGCACAAUGUGUUGGGACCCUAUGUCGAUGGACUUUCUAAACUGGCCGUCACAAGCUAUAAGGAUAUUGAGUCUUUGAUGUCUGAAGGUAACAAAUCUCGUACAGUUGCUGCAACCAACAUGAAUGAGGAGAGUAGCCGAUCCCAUGCGGUCUUCAAAAUCACCCUCACACAUACUUUGUAUGACGUGAAGUCUGGGACGUCUGGAGAGAAAGUGGGCAAACUGAGCUUGGUUGAUUUAGCUGGCAGUGAGCGAGCAACGAAGACUGGCGCUGCAGGUGACAGGCUGAAGGAGGGCAGCAAUAUCAACAAGUCCCUCACAACCCUCGGUCUGGUUAUCUCAGCCCUAGCAGAUCAGAGUGCUGGCAAAAACAAGAAUAAAUUUGUUCCAUAUCGUGAUUCAGUUCUCACUUGGCUGCUCAAAGACAGUCUUGGGGGUAAUAGCAAGACAGCCAUGGUAGCUACUGUGAGUCCAGCAGCUGAUAACUAUGACGAAACCCUCUCAACUCUGCGGUAUGCAGAUCGCGCCAAGAACAUUGUGAACCACGCUGUGGUGAAUGAGGAUCCUAAUGCACGAAUUAUCCGAGAUCUCCGGGAAGAAGUAGAAAAACUCCGAGAGCAGCUAACCAAAGCAGAGGCAAUGAAAUCUCCAGAGCUAAAAGACCGGCUGGAAGAAUCAGAGAAGCUAAUCCAGGAAAUGACUGUGACCUGGGAGGAGAAAUUAAGGAAAACUGAAGAGAUUGCACAGGAACGACAGAAACAGCUGGAGAGUCUUGGAAUAUCUCUUCAAUCUUCUGGAAUUAAAGUUGGGGAUGAUAAGUGUUUCCUUGUUAAUCUGAAUGCUGAUCCAGCUCUGAAUGAACUUCUUGUUUACUAUUUAAAGGAACAUACAUUGAUAGGUUCAGCAAAUUCCCAGGAUAUCCAACUAUGUGGAAUGGGAAUUCUUCCUGAACAUUGUAUUAUAGACAUCAUAUCAGAAGGCCAGGUUAUGCUGACUCCUCAAAAGAACACCAGAACAUUUGUAAAUGGCUCUUCUGUAUCCAGUCCUACACAGCUACAACAUGGAGACAGGAUAUUAUGGGGAAACAACCACUUCUUCAGACUGAAUUUGCCUAAAAAGAAAAAGAAAGCAGAUCGAGAGGAUGAGGAACAAGACCCCUCCAUGAAGAAUGAUGCCAGUUCUGAGCAGCUGGAUGUAGACGGAGACUCCUCCAGCGAGGUUUCCAGUGAAAUCAACUUCAAUUACGAAUAUGCGCAGAUGGAGGUUACCAUGAAGGCUCUGGGCAAUAAUGAUCCAAUGCAGUCAAUAUUGAACAGCCUGGAACAGCAGCAUGAAGAAGAAAAGCGAUCUGCGUUAGAGCGCCAGAGGCUUAUGUAUGAACACGAAUUGGAGCAGCUACGAAGAAGGCUGUCUCCUGAGAAACAAAACUGUCGCACUGUGGACAGAUUUUCUUUCCACUCACCCAGUGCCCAGCAGCGAUUGAGGCAGUGGGCUGAAGAGAGAGAAGCAACACUGAAUAACAGCCUGAUGAGGCUGAGGGAACAAAUUGUUAAAGCCAAUCUGCUGGUGAGAGAAGCUAGUUACAUUGCAGAAGAACUGGAUAAAAGAACAGAGUAUAAAGUAACCCUACAGAUUCCAGCCUCCAGCCUCGAUGCCAACAGGAAGCGAGGCUCUCUUCUUAGUGAGCCUGCAAUCCAGGUGAGAAGAAAAGGAAAAGGAAAGCAGAUUUGGUCUUUGGAGAAACUGGACAAUAGGUUGUUGGAUAUGAGAGACCUUUAUCAGGAGUGGAAAGAGUGUGAAGAAGAUACCCCAGUAAUACGGUCUUACUUCAAGCGUGCUGAUCCGUUCUAUGAUGAACAGGAAAAUCAUAGUCUCAUUGGAGUAGCUAAUGUCUUCCUUGAAUCCCUCUUCUAUGAUGUGAAGUUACAGUAUGCUGUUCCAAUUGUCAACCAGAAAGGAGAGGUGGCAGGUCGGCUGCAUGUAGAGGUGAUGCGAAUCAGCGGUGACGUUGGGGAAAGAAUUGCCGGAGGUGACGAUCCCACAGAGAUCUCCCUUGAUAAGGAAACCCAGGAGAACAAACUUGUAUGCAUGGUUAAAAUACUCCAAGCUACUGGGUUGCCACAGCAUCUGUCCCACUUUGUAUUCUGCAAAUACAACUUCUGGGAUCAGCAGGAGCCAGUAAUUGUUGCACCCGAAGUGGAUACCUCGUCCUCUCCUGUCAGCAAGGAACCUCAGUGCAUGGUUGUCUUUGAUCAUUGCAAUGAGUUUUCUGUUAACAUCACUGAAGACUUUAUUGAGCAUCUUUCAGAAGGGGCAUUGGCGAUUGAAGUAUAUGGCCAUAAGAUGAAUGAUCCUCGGAAAAACCCAGCCCUCUGGGAUUUGGGGAUUAUCCAAGCAAAAACACGUACUCUUCGGGACAGAUGGAGUGAAGUCACCAGGAAAGUGGAAUUCUGGGUUCAAAUCUUAGAGCAGAAUGAGAACGGUGAAUACUGCCCUGUUGAAGUAAUUUCUGCAAAGGAUGUGCCAACAGGAGGAAUCUUCCAACUCCGGCAGGGGCAGUCUCGGCGAGUCCAGGUGGAAGUGAAGUCUGUGCAGGAAUCCGGGACUUUACCACUGAUGGAAGAAUGUAUAUUGUCUGUCGGCAUUGGAUGUGUAAAAAUUAGACCACUCAGAUCCCCCAAGACUCAUGAGCCCUUCCAUGAGGAAGAGGAGGACAUGGACAGCUACCAGGAUCGGGAUUUAGAAAGACUGCGUAGAAAAUGGCUAAAUGUACUGACCAAACGUCAGGAGUACUUAGAUCAGCAAUUGCAAAAGCUCGUCAGUAAACAUGAUAAAACAGAGGAUGAUGCUGACCGUGAAGCUCAACUUCUAGAGAUGAGGUUGACGCUAACUGAGGAGAGGAAUGCAGUGAUGGUCCCCUCUGCUGGCAGUGGGAUUCCAGGGGCCCCAGCAGAAUGGACCCCAGUUCCUGGGAUGGAAACACACAUUCCUGUUAUAUUCCUUGACUUAAAUGCUGAUGAUUUCAGCUCUCAGGAUAAUCUUGAUGACCCAGAAGCUGGUGGAUGGGAUGCUACCCUUAGCGGGGAAGAAGAGGACGAGUUCUUUGAACUGCAGAUUGUAAAACAGCAUGAUGGAGAGGUGAAAGCAGAAGCCUCUUGGGACUCUGCGGUACACAGUUGUCCUCAGCUCAGUAAAGGCACGCCUGCGGAUGAGCGAGUGUUUCUAAUUGUGCGGGUGACGGUCCAGCUCAGCCAUCCGGCUGACAUGCAGCUGGUUUUACGGAAACGAAUUUGUGUGAAUGUUCAUGGCCGGCAGGGUUUUGCUCAGAGUCUCCUAAAAAAGAUGUCACAUCGAAGUUCUAUUCCUGGCUGUGGAGUGACUUUUGAAAUUGUCUCCAAUAUUCCAGAGGAUGCCCAGGGAGUAGAGGAGCGAGAAACAUUAGCAAGAAUGGCAGCUAAUGUUGAAAACGCAGCUUCUGCUGACUCAGAGGCUUAUAUUGAAAAGUACCUCAGAAGUGUGCUGGCUGUGGAGAACCUCCUUACUUUAGAUCGUCUUCGCCAGGAAGUUGCAGUGAAGGAACAGUUGACAGGAAAAGGGAAGCUGAGUAGGAGGAGUAUUAGCUCUCCAAAUGUGAACAGAUUGUCUGGUAGCCGACAAGAUCUCAUUCCAUCCUACAGUCUAGGCAGCAACAAGGGCCGGUGGGAAAGUCAACAAGAUGUAUCACAAACCUCGGUUUCCAGGGGAGUAGCUCCAGUCGCCCCUUCCCUCCCUGGUUGUCCCCAAAAUAACCACUCUCCUGACCCAGGAUUUAGUAGCCUAGCAGCCUCCUACUUGAACCCAGUAAAAUCCUUUGUGCCACAGAUGCCAAAGCUGCUGAAGUCUCUGUUCCCUGUCCGCGACGAGAAAAGGGGCAAACAGCCAUCUCCCCUCGCACAUCAGCCGGUGCCCCGGAUCCUGGUGCAGUCUGCCCUCCUGGAUGUGGGGACGAUCAGGUUGGCGGAGCUUCAGGCUCACCAAGAGGGCGUGGAGGUUAGUGCGGCUCCUGAUGUGACUGUGCAGAUUGCCCCCGUGGUGAAGAUCUACGACAGACCAACCAAAGUGCCUCCCCAGCAGUCCGUCACUGCCAACACCCAGGCCCCAGAAGCUCAGGACGGGCCGCCCAGCCCCCUGAGCGAGGCCUCCAGCGGGUACUUUUCCCACAGUGUCUCCAGUGCCACACUGUCUGACGCGCUCAUCCCUGGCCUGGAUGCUGCUGCCCAGUCUGGCGGGCAGAUGCCCGGCUUGCCCCCUCCUGCCCUCUGCCAGGACACCCCGGAGACUGAGCUCUUGUUUCCAUCUACUACUACCAGCGCAGACAGAGAUCUUUCUGUCCAGUUGGAGGGUCAGAGCAGCCUUCCAUCACUGUCCGUCCCAGCAAAGCAAAAUGCUCGGGGCAACAGCAGUGGUGCAUCUGAGGCUAAGGAAGCAGUUUCCUGGGAGAAGCAGGAGAAAGAAGCAAGCACUUCCCUAACUCAUCUUCCCACUUCUGCCCCUCAGAAGGAAUCACCCAGCCAGCAAAGUGGAGAACUUUCCUCUGCUACCAAGCACCUAGGACGACCCGAGGACCAGGUGAAGCUGGCCGCCAGCUUAGAGCUGGAUGUCUGCAAACCACAGCUGCCUUCUGGUCUCCUCCCGCAGUCGCCUGCUCCAGCAUCUCCAUUCAGAAUCCAGAAGGUGAGGACCUCUGAGCUGAGGUCGUUCACACGCAUGCUUGGCGGAGACCCCGGCUGCCCCUCGGGUGCUGAAGAGGACCUGCUGGCCUCAGGAGGGCCGGGCCACUGCAGCUCCGGGGCACAGGCCCUGGGAAAGCUGGAAGUUUCCUCAGAUUCUGAAGAAGCCAGUGAAGUCCCAGAGUGGCUCAAAGAGGGAGAGUAUGUUACAGUGGGCACCAACAAAACGGGCAUCGUGAGGUACAUCGGGCCGACCAACUUUCAGGAAGGGACGUGGAUCGGAGUGGAGCUGGACUUACCUUCAGGUAAGAAUGAUGGCUCCAUCGGAGGGAAGCAGUACUUCAAGUGCAACCCCGGCUACGGGCUGCUGGUGAGGCCGGGCCGGGUGCGCAGGGCGGCGGGCACAGGCCGGCGGCGUAGCGCGGGGCUCAGGCUGCAGGGCGCCCCCGAGCCCCGCAGGAGCAGCACCCUCUCCGGCUCCGCCACCAACCUGGCCUCCCUGACGGCGGCCCUGGCCAAGGCCGAGGGCACUGCGAUGCUCCGGGCCGACCGGAGCCACAGGAACCCCGAGAACCGCAAAUCCUGGGCCAGCUAAGCCGACGCCCGAUGCAUGCCCUCCCUGGUGGCAUCCUCCCCCGUCCUUCCCAGGGUGACACUGACAGAGGAGGUGGCCGGUGCCCCUUCCAAGGCUUUCUGCUGACAGCCCUGGGGUGGAAUUGGAGCUGAGU